UAUUGGCAUUUUUCGAGAACUUAUCAGUUGUAAACAAAACACUGGAGAGAGAGAGAGAGAGAGUGGUGGGAGUUGAUAAGUAUUAAUAUGAUACAAUCAAAUAAUGAGUUUAAAUAGAAGCGAGUGUAUAUAGUUUUGUUUACUAUAAACACUCCAUUUCUAUUGCCUCUAGAUUAAAAUGUUUUUACGCUCUAACUACUAUACAGUGACUGAAAGUGAAACAGCAACUUACAUGAAAGAUGAGCUCUCUUUGUGGUUUUAUGCCAUCUGCCAGUGCAGGAUUCAGAGAUUAGACACGAUUUAAAAAACAUCUUUGUUGGCUCAAAAAUCAAAGCUACAUAUUUAGUCUGCUCACCAAGUCUAACAAAGUCCAACGGUUUGACAUUUUGCUUAAUGCAGAAUUACUGAGACCAGCACUCAACUAGACUCAAUCAGGAAACAUGUUGCUGUUGCAUGUGUGCAUCAGUGCCGGUGUUCUGCUGUGCCUCCCUCGGUGUACCACGGGUGUUUGCACCGAAGGGACACCCAAACAGUGUCAGGAAGCAGAUAUCGCCCCGGGCACCAAUCUGGCAGGCGAAGGCUUUGAUAUAACCGCCAUGGAGCGCAAAGGAGCCUUCGUGUUAAACAUGGAUGCAUGGCGGCGCAAGAAUAAAAAAUGCACCCUGUGCGUCAACCCCUUCAUGGAGAACAAGAAGCAGAAGCUGCCUCUGUCCGUGCUGGACUGGAGGGCCAAGCAGUCCUGCAACGCCAAGGUGUCGUCCAAGCUGCACAAAUCCAGCGAGUCUCUGGUCAGCUCCACUUCUACUUCCGUUGAGAACAACUGGAAAGUAGGCUUAGAGUUUCAGACAUUAAAAACGGGCGCGUCGUUGAUGUUGGCUGGAACCACCUCCAAAGUAGCCGAUUACUCCAUGGAGAAAACAAAGAACGACAAGUUCAGCUUCUCCAGCCUCGGCAUGUCCUGCGAGUACUACAGCUACCGAGUGUCGAACUCGGCCCGGCUGCACAGGGAAUUCAGCAAAGCGGUGAAUCAGCUUCCUCCGGUGUACAGCUCCGAAAGCAAGGCGCAGUUUUACAAACUCAUCGACAACUUCGGCACCCAUUACAUCAGCAAGGUGAAGUUGGGUGGAGAUGUUCAGUCUAUCACCAGCAUUCGUCAAUGUCAGGCCAGCCUGCAGGGCUUUAGUGCAGAGGAGGUGCAGAUGUGCCUGGAGGUGGAGGCGUCUGCAAGCUUCAGGGUCACAGUAAAAACUGAAUCAAAACACUGCAAGAAGGACGUAGAGAAAUCAGAGAGCAAGACGGCGUUUUCAAGCCUCUUCAGUGACAGGUUUACAGAAAUCAAAGGAGGCCAUACUACAGAGCCAGACCUCCUCUUCUCCGCUGAUAAAGACCCAUCGGCCUACAAGGAAUGGCUCAAGUCGAUUCCACAGAGCCCUGAUAUAAUCUCGUAUUCUCUGGGCGCUCUGCAUGAACUCCUGCCUCCUAAGUCACCAACAUGGUCCAACCUGCGCUCAGCCAUCUCCCAUUACAUCCUGGAGAAAGGUCUGGUGGUCAACUGCACCGAGCGUUGUAGAAAGGAUUCGAGGGAUCAGUGCGUCUGCCAGUGCCAAAACGAUCCGGCGGUGAACCAGGACUGCUGCCCGACGAGGAAGGGCAUGGUCCACCUGAUUGUAACCGCACAGAGGGCUACGGGUCUGUAUGGAGACUACUACACAUCCACAGACGGCUUUGUGAAAGUCAUUUACAAUAAAAAAGAAUACCGCUCACAAGUCAUCAACAAUAACAAUAACCCAAACUGGAAUAUGGUGGUUGAUCUGGGUUCGCAAGAUCUGUCUGUAGCAAACACAGUGAGAUUUGAAGUCUGGGACCAGGAUAACGGUUGGGAUGAUGACAGCUUGGGAUCUUGCGAGCCGCGUCUGCAAAACGGCAUCAAGCAGGACGUCUGCAACAUGAACCAUGGCCGGCUGUACUUCAAACUGGAGGUGAAAUGUGCUCCAAGUCUGACCGGUGCUUCAUGCUCAGAGUACCAACCUACACCGAUGAAUCAGAGCCUGAAGAAGCUUUACGUGUCGCGUCACGCCCAGCCUAUUCCCAAAGCCAUGCUGCUGGAGAUGGGAGUGUUUCUGAACGAGUCUGUGUCUGCAAAGUUAACCUUCAGGAAAAACCAGAAUAUUACUGCUAAAAGGCAAACAUAUUAUCUUAAAUAAGGCAAAUGUUCACCACUGCAAAAACACAAAAUUAUAACAACUACUUCUGGAAGAGUUUCUAGUGCAAAUAUCUUCGUACAUUUGAAAUAACAAAUCUAACUUAGUAACUUUUCUGCAAGAUAUUGGAGCUGGUUUUAAGUCAGUAAUUCCUGAAAUGUGACCUAUUAUUUUUCCUUGAACAGAUUAGGAUAGGCUAUGGACUACACAAAAUAUGUUCAUUAGAUUUUUUUGCACAAAAUCAUUCUUAGAUUUUAGUUUGUUCAGUUCAGAAUGAGCUGUUUCAUGGCCUCUUGUCACUUUAAGUCCAAAUAAGCUGCUGUUGGCCCCUCCUCCAAACUCAGUAUUUACACUCACACAUGAAAAUGGCUGCAAACAGAUGUGCAAUCAUAUAUUUUUGAAAAGCAGAAGUGAGGCCUCCUGCACAACCAACAGGAAAGUUGUUUCUGCACGUUAAGUCAACAUCAAAACACUUACCUUUUCCAACAGCCAUUGUACAGCACAUACAGUAGUAAAAUCAGCUGCCUAACCGUGGUGGAGCUCCACUCAGGUUGCUAGGUAACAGGUGGAAUUCUGCUGGGGUUGCUAGGUAACGGACCUGGGCUUCUGAUUUAUGACAUUAUUUUCCAGAGAUGUUUGAAAAGCCUCAAUUUCAAGACACAAAAAUCAUUAACUCAUUGUACAAAACUGGCCGAGUGGCCUGAGGUUUUUAGAAGCAACAAAGACCCAAAUGAAAGUUCAAAAAAGUACAUUGAGCAAAUUUUCACAUGGUACGUCCCGUUUAAUAUUGAUGGAAAAAGUACUAGUUCCACUGGCAGA